GUGCUAAAAUCAGACCCAUUCUUCUCUAUCACAAACAGCCAGUGGGAGGAGGACUGGAAUACCAUACUUACACCAUUCGGUGCAGGGAAACGGGUUCUGGAAACAGUAAACUCGAAGAUUACUGAUGCUAGUCACUUACCAAACGGUAAAACAAACCCAACAAUAAACUCGGAGAUUACUGAAACUCACCAUCCUCCUAUUUCGCGUGUUGGGAGACAG